AUGGUUCGCGAUAUAUUUUUUGUCCUCCUACUUGUCUCAACAAGCUCGGCCUUUUGUCCAAAGCUCUUCCAUAACCAGGUUUGUUUCAAUAGUGGCUAUAUAUAAUAGGCUUGCGUAACUGUCAGACUGCGUGCUCUUGUGAAACUACAGUUGAAGGACCGGUCAUAAAAUGCAGUGGAACGGACGGUCUCAUUGUUGUGGACAAACUUAAAACUUCUCAUAUGGAAAUCAAAGAAUUUGCAUUAGAAAACGCUAAUAUAAUUGAAGUAAGGAGAUGAUCAACUUUUAAUUUUAAUGAAUACAAUUCAGAUUGGACCACGCGCUUUCAAAAACUUGAGAAUCAAGAAACUGGUUUUGGACAAAAAUAGAAUUCAACGCAUUCACGAAAACGCUUUCCGUGGCCUUGAAAACGUGAUGCAAGAGCUUUCCAUUUCAGAGAAUAGUUUGAAAGAAGUGAGAAACCGCCAAGUGUAACUAGUUUUUAAAAAUUCGUUUAGGUGCCGACUGAUUCGCUCAAAAAUCUCAGAGUUCUUAACAUUUUGAGUUUGAAGUGCAACAAGAUCGGAAACAUUACCAACAAAUCCUUCGUCAACAUGACCUCGCUCAUCGAUGUCAACCUUGCUUGCAAUGAAAUUUGCGAAAUCUCAUCUGAUGCAUUUGAGAAUGUUCAAAGCUCGCUGCAGAAUUUGAUUCUUGACAAUAACUGUCUGUCUAGUUUCCCAAGUCAAGCUGUCAGGAAGAUGAACAAUCUUAUUGCUUUGCACAUUAAAUACAACAAGGUAUAAGUCACACUAAAUGGAAAGUAGUACUAGCUCUUGUUUAGAUCAGUUUGCUCAACCAAGGUGAUCUGACCGAUCUCACAUCCCUUUCAAUGCUCUCUUUGAACGGAAACAACAUCAGCGACAUCAAAGGCGGAGCUUUGCAUAACACUCCAAACCUCCGCUAUCUAUACUUGAACGAGAACAACAUUCAGACUUUUGACAGUGGAGUCAUGGAACAGUUCAAGCAGGUUCAAGUCAUUGACCUGUCUUUCAACAACAUUAGCGAUGUAACAAAAGAGAUGUUCCAAGGACUUGAAAGCAUCCAGCAUCUUAAUCUCGAUAGCAACCAGAUUAGGACGGUCGCCGCCGGUGCUUUUGCCGGAACGCCACUUUUGUUGCUCUGGCUUCCAAACAACUGUCUCUCGGAGAUUACCCAGCAAACAUUCCAAGGAGCUCCGUUCCUCCGCAUGGUCUCUCUUUCCAACAAUAACAUCCGCUCAAUCCAAGAACUUUCCUUUGGACAUCUUGCUAAUCUUCACACAUUGGACUUGGCUAACAACAAGAUUAUGAGCUUGCAAAACAAGUCGUUGUCUGGAUCGGAAAAUUUGGCCGUUCGUCUCCAAGGUAAAGUUUUGGAUUCAUGGUUCUAUUAGCAUUGUUUAUUUUUCAGAAAAUCCAAUGGUUUGUUCUCAAAACGGAUUCCACGUGAUGAACGCUGGUGAAGCCAUUAACUUGACUAACGAGGUUAACAACAUCUGCAAAGGAGAAUGGAAAGCUGAUACGGCCGAUGUCUGCCCGAAAGCCCUGCCACGCGUCUCUCAACAGUCCUGCUGCUCGGAUAACAUUGUUGUCAAGACUACAUCAAAACCGACAACUACUCCAUCAACAACAACCACUGAGACGGUCGUCGAGGAGACUGAUGAAUCAGAAAAAGAAGACGAGAAAGAGAAGGAUGGCGAGGCAGAUACGGAGGAGGAGACUGAUGACCAAAAUGAGGAAGAGGAGACCACUGAGGAGCCCACUAGUACUGUUCCAUCCACCACUGCUCCAGUCAAACAGAACAAAAAGGUGAACAUGGAAAGAUUUUGGAGACUUUCUAAGGGACCAAGUGGCAAGUCUCCAUUCAUGAGACACGCUCAAGGAUCGAAACCAAAAUAUCUUCAAACGGUAUGUUCAAACGCUUUAAAUAAUUAUUGAAAUAUGAAAUAUAGAGUUUUUAGACAACUACAACCGAGUCAUCAGAUGAUGAAGUCAGUGAUAGCGAUGAAGCCGAAUACAUAGGAGAGGAGGACAAUGCCGAGGAAGAGAAAGAGGAGAGUGAAACCGUAGAAACUACAACUGAAGAGUCAGUAAAGGUCCCAGCCAGAGUUCAAGAAAGGCAAAGAAUUUUCGCCGGCUCCAUCCCUCCAUGGAUGGCUCGCAGCUCGACCGAGCCUGUUGAAGAGUUCAGUGAGGACGAACCAACCAAAACAGUUUCCACCGACGAUCAACCAGCUUCAUAA